AAAGUUGCCUUGCGAAUUUUACUUGUAAAAGUGAUCCUCCUGUCCGCCGGCGAUGUGGUUGAUCAGAUGGGGAUGAAUUCUCCGUUCCUCAUCUUUUUGGGGCUGGUUAUGCUCCGUGCUGUCCAUGUCGAUGGAGUGAUUUUAGAGACACGAACAAGCCACCGAGAUCUCAAAGCUUAUCGGCCACUGCGUAAUUGUCCUGGAUGUAAUACUCUACAGGAAGUCUAUGUUCCGUCUUCUGUUGCUGUCCACCACGACCCAGAUCUUAAAGAUGUGAGCGUCAUUGCGACUUACAGUGACCAUUAUGGCAACAUUCGGCUUGGAAGGGUGAAAAUGGGGGAUCUUUCAGCUUCUUGGGUUUUAGAGAGCCCCCCCGUCGGUCGUGUUGACGCCAGGGCGAAAGGUCGGCAGGUGGUGGUACCAAGGGAACCGUUUCAAAAUGGCUCUAGACUGGAAGCGACUGUCAGCUAUUCAGCUCGUAAUCAGCCUGGUCAAAGUGAAAUCCAGUUUCCGCAACUGGAAUUUACUGGCCCAGUGAAACUAAAGCGUCGGGUCUUACGACAGGCAAGGAGAGCACAACGGAUGCUGGAGUUGAUUCGACGGGAUAAGGAAACUGAUGAGCAGAUGCAAGAAGCAGCUAUUGAGCGGUCGAUGAACUUUGAUAACUCAGUCAAGGGGAAAUACAGUAUCUGGAGGAGAGACUACGAAAGUCCAAACUCCGAUUCAACCUUGAAGCUUAUGCGAGACCAAAUUAUCAUGGCAAAAGCAUAUGCAAAUAUUGCGAAGGCGAACAAUGCGACUAAUCUUUAUGACUCUCUGAUGCAGCAUUGCAGAGAAAAUUGGCAUGUUAUAGGAGAAGCAAUCUCUGAUGCAGACCUUCCCACCAGUGCACUUGAUCAAGCAAAAGCUAUGGGUCAUGCUCUCUCACUUGCAAAAGACCAGUUAUACGACUGCCAUAAAGUUGCAAAAAAGUUCAGGGCCAUGCUUCAGUCAACUGAAGGCCAUGUAGAUGGAAUGAAGAAAAAGAGUGCCUUCUUAAUUCAGCUUGCUGCAAAAACAGUUCCAAGGCCAUUGCAUUGCCUUACUCUGAAACUAGCAGCAGACUAUUUCCUUCUUGGUUUUGUCAAAGAGGGUGUCGCCAAAGAAGAUGCUGAUAGAGAAAAGUUUGAAGAUUCUUCUCUCCAUCACUAUGCCAUCUUUUCUGAUAACGUUCUGGCGACAUCAGUUGUGGUCAACUCCACCAUCCUGAAUGCCAAGGAACCACAGAAGCAUGUGUUUCAUAUUGUGACUGACAAAUUAAACUUUGCUGCAAUGAAGAUGUGGUUUCUCGUCAACGCUCCUUCUGGCGCAACAAUUCAAGUUGAGAACAUUAAUGAUUUCAAGUGGCUGAAUUCCUCUUACUGCUCUGUUCUAAGGCAGCUUGAAUCUGCAAGGCUGAAAGAAUACUACUUCAAGGCGAAUCAUCCUUCAUCAAUCUCUGCUGGCGCAGACAAUCUGAAGUACAGGAAUCCAAAGUAUCUGUCAAUGCUGAACCAUCUCAGAUUCUACCUUCCUGAAGUUUAUCCGAAACUGGACAAGAUUCUAUUUCUUGACGAUGACAUUGUGGUGCAAAAGGACUUGGCACCUCUCUGGUCGAUUGACAUGCAAGGAAAGGUGAAUGGUGCUGUUGAAACAUGCAAGGAGAGUUUCCACAGAUUCGACAAGUACCUCAACUUUUCUAAUCCAAAGAUCUCAGAGAAUUUCAGUCCAAAUGCUUGUGGGUGGGCAUUUGGCAUGAACAUGUUCGACCUGAAAGAGUGGAGAAAGCGGAAUAUCACUGGGAUAUAUCACCAUUGGCAAGACAUGAACGAGGACAGGACACUCUGGAAGUUAGGCUCGUUACCACCAGGACUGAUCACUUUCUACAACCUGACGUUUCCAUUGGAACGGAGCUGGCAUGUACUGGGGCUUGGCUAUGACCCAGCGCUCAAUCAGACAGAGAUAGAGAAUGCAGCUGUUGUACAUUACAAUGGGAACUACAAGCCGUGGCUGCAUUUGGCAGUCGCUAAGUAUAAACCUUACUGGUCCAAGUAUGUCUUGUACAAUAACCCUUAUCUCCAUCUCUGCAACGUCAGAGAAUGAUGGCAUUAGGCAAAUGGUUGUAGUGGGAAUCGUUCUUUAUACGUUUUCCUAGGAGGGUAAAUUCGAAAGUGAGUACACGAAUGCGCUAGAGAGUACUUCUGGGUCAUGACCCCUAGUGUCGGGGGUAUAAUUUGGUUCCCCUGGGACAAGGAGUUAGAAGCGGAGCUGGCAGAAGUGAACUGUGGAAGCAAGUUUGUCAAGAAUGUAGUUGGUUUGUUUUUUGGAACAAUAAAAAAAAUCCUGACGGGAGGGUCAUAUCAUCA